UCUACCUGGCAAAGAAAUACGAACCAAAAUGGUCCUUGAGACCAGCUGGUCUUAAAGGCUCCAAGAAUAAAGUGGAGAAGUGGAGAUCGAGCUUUUGUAGCUAUAGCUUUGGAAUGAUCUACCCCUUUCUAUCAGAUUGGAACGUACACUUACUGCUUUUAAACAUAAGCUUAAAAAAUACCUCCUAGCUUUAGCAUUUAAUGGGGUAUAGUAUUUGAAUUUCUAGGUUAUCAAACUGAGGGGUUUAUUUCAUUGUUAUUUAUAUGUGGUGUUAAUGAUGUAUGCUUUUAUGAUUAUGUGUUUGUACAGCACUUUUUUCAAUGACAAAUUGCGUAAAAGUGCUUAAUAAAUGAAUGAAAUUAAAUUUAAAGGCAUUAGGAUUACUUUAUGAAAGCCACUAAAAACUAAAACAACUACCUCCACUCCUGAAUGUCAAUUUCCCAUGUAGGCCAAUGUGUCAAAGUUUUGGUGUAUUUGUCAUUAAUCCUUUUGUUGUGAAGAUGAAAGUACAGUCGAAAAGAGAACAUCAUGUUCAUCUUUCAUUUCACACAAUGAGUACUUGCUAGAAGACAACUCCCGGUUUAGCUGUUCUGCUACGGAGGAGUUGACAAGGGGCAGCUAAACGUGAUGCUAAUUUCAAACUCCUCAAAAGCUCCUCUUGCCUCCUUUAAUUUUUCUGAUGUAAGCGAUCAUACAAGGAGAAUCUAGUAUUGUUUCCUGUCACAGGACUCAGUGAGGAGAAUCUGUCAGAAGAAUUGGCGGAUUUCAAGUCGUUUUUCUGCUGCAGCCUGGAUGUGCUCAGCAGGGUUUGCACAGAGCCGGUUGGUCCAUGGUUUGUCCGAUUAUUAAUGUGUCUUGCAACACGUCCAGCUAUAUCUGACACAAACACUGUGGGCUCAACAGAGCAUCUUAAUGGUCACCCUGACCCUUGCCACCACUGUGCUAAGUGUGUGCAAGUCACCACCUAGAUUUGGCAAAACAAGAAAUGGUGAAAACAUCCUCAGAACCUAUUUGUGCAUGACAAAAGAAAAAUUAAAUAGUUAAAAACAACUAAACAAAUAUCACAAUGUCUCACCACCAGCUUUCUGAAGCUUGAUAAACAUCUUGGGGUACAAGUCCUCGUAAAGCAGUAGCUCCUCAAGUCUGUUUAUUAAAGUCAGUGGUACUACCUACAUGUGAUACUCCAAGGGCAUUGCAGGCUUUACCAAAGCUUCUCUCUUUGGCUAAAUAUAAAAGUUACGGUCAAUAAAGAAACAAAGUGGUAAAAGAAAACAUCAUUAGCAGAAUAAAGUACAGUACAUAUGGUUUUGGACUCCAGGGGCCUUUUUCAGAAAGGUGGUUAAGUGAAAACUCUGAGUAUGUUAACCCUGAAAUGAGGGAAACUCUGAGUUUUCUGUUUCAAAAUGGGAGAUAGGUUAAACCUGAGACAGCGGGGUAAGUCAAGCCUGUUUCAGAAGGAGAGGUAACUUAUACUCAGAGUCUGUUUCCAGAGUAACUUACUCUCUGAACCUAACCUGGUCGGGAGCAGGUGUUAUCCUGUAAACUCAGAGUUUCUUGUGGUCUCCUCCCCAUUUUAAUGGAGUAGCUGUGUUUAAUCUUGUUAGUUGCUUUAGUAAAUUCAUUCAUUGCACACAUUUUUAUUACGUACACUGUAAAAUAUGUUCUUAGCUGUCUUUAAGUUAUAAUCAAAUUGUCAGUGCAAAUCAUUUUACCUUAGUGCUUUGUAUAUUUUAUAAAUUACACUUAAAUAAAAAAAAUAAACAGUAUAUUAAAAUAACUAGUAAAGCCAAUUUGAUAUACUUAGGUGCAGAGACCAUCUAAGUGACAAAAAUUUUAAGUGCUUUUAUAGAGGAUCCUUUAGAUUAUGAUGCUGCAUUCAUUUGUAGGAAGUUACAUUUAUGUCGCGAGAGGAUUUCAUAUCCACUUGCAUUAUGUGAGCAGAAUUAUUAUUUUUUUGCAGUCAUUUUAGAUAUAUAAAUAUCCUUAUAUGACUAAUAUCAGUCUUUGUGGCCGUGCUCUUACAUCUGAACAGUUGCCUUUACAUUUCUUAUGAAUUCACUCAUCAUUAUCGCUGGUCUAGUGGGUAGUGCUGUGCGCAGUGGUUUGGGCAGACGUACUGUCUGCAAUCUGAGUUCGAAUCCCGGCUCGGCGUAUUUCUGUUUUAUUCAUGACAAACAUUUGUAAAGUUUGUAGCCUUUUAUGCCCAAGUAUUAUGCCCAAUUUCAUUUUUAGCUGAGCUGUGGUCAUCUUUUUGUCCAUGGGAUUGCAUCUGUAUGAAAAUGGAUAUAAGUACGUACAGUCCUCAGUUUAUUUACUUCUGAUAUUUUUACUGUGAUGAAAAUUUAAAUGUACGCAUUUACUAGAGUAGCAAUUUCCAACAAAUAUUUUUUUUCUUUCAAUUAUAUGUUCAUAGUUGCUCUACACUUGCAGCAACACUUUCAGUUUUACACUGUAGUAGUAAAAAGGAUUACGACCUCUGUCACGUGCUGUUGCCAUGGUAAAUCGUAAUAUCUGAGCUCCAUUGAUGAUGGCUUUUUAUUGUGGCUGUGCACGCGCUUAACUCAGAGUCAACCUACUCAGAGUCGAUUGAACCUCUUUAUUGAAACGGGCCCCAGCACUUGUAAUAUUUUAUACAACAGUUCUUUCUGGUUCUCGAAUCUGAUUGGCUAAGGGCUAUGAGAUAUUGUACUGAUAACGGCACAGUAACCGCUUCACCAUUUUGUAUUAUUCCGCGGCCGUCACAGCUACUUACAAAGUAAACAAACAUGGCGAACGAUAACUUUUUCAUGAACAUAACAUUUGAUAUUAACUACGAAAGCUCGUCAGAUGAAGAAGAGAUUACAGCACCGUUAGCAGAGCAACCUACAAGAAGUGCAGCCGUGACAUCUGCUGAUUUGGACAAUUUAGAAAAACGAGACACAAAAACAACACUGUGCGCCAAACGGUGUGGGCUGUGAAUUGUUUUUAAUUGUGGCUGGCCGAAAAACAGCUCAAUAUCGACCUAAAACGCAUAGAGAAAUCACAAAUGAAUUCAGUGCUGCGGGAUUUUUAUGGCUCCAUUCGGACCAAUAAGGGAGAACUGUACGGUAUUAGCAGUUACCUGAAUCUUCAGUCGGCGCUAAAUCGCCACAUUAAUGAACCUCCUUUUAGCCGUGAGUGGAAUUUAAUGCAAGACUCCGAGUUCACUUCCGCUAACAAUGUUUUUAAAGGAGUUGUUAAACAGAUCCGGCGAUCCGGUGCAGACAAAACAUCACACUACCCACCGAUGUCCUUUGAAGACCAGCAAAUACUAAAGCGAUCUGCUGCACUUGACCCUGACCACCCGAAAGGUUUAUUAAACAAGGUGUGGUAUGACAUUCAGUUACACUUUGCACAAAGAGGGAAGGAGGGAAAUCGACAGCUUAAGCCAGACUCGUUUGAACUGAAGAGAGACGAAAAUGACACAGAAUAUUUUACGAUGACAUUUAAUGAGGAAACAAAAAACCACAAAAACCCCCUGGAGGUCGACAGGGAAAACAGAAGGGAGGCUAUGUUUGAAGAACCCGGUAACCCCAUGUGUCCAGUUUCUUCACUAAAGAAAUAUCUUCGCAAAAUACCACCUGAUGCAAAAGCACUCUACCUGCACCCAAAGAGGAGAAUUGAUGCUAGUGACGACAACUGGUACAUCACUGUUCCUUUGGGUGUAAAUCAGUUGUCCCAAAUGCUCCCGAGAAUGUGCAAAGAAGCCGGUACUCAGUCUCACUAUACGAACCACAGCAUCAGGGCUACUGCAAUCCAAAAACUGUCCGAUGCAGGGCUCCAAGCCAGAGAGAUCAUAGCCAUCAGUGGACACAGAAACCUCUCUGAAAUCCUACUGGAGACCAUCACUACACAGCAGAAAACGCUGGAGUGCAGUACUGGCAUCAAAUGAAAUGGAAACCACACCAGAAAAGCAACCAAAAGCAGCAAAGACUUUAUCUCCAAAGAACUAUUUCACGGGAUGUACAAUAAACGGCAACGUACAAAUAAAUGUAAACAAUGGUUCCGAGAACCACUCGAAUUAGAUCAGAAAUGUAUUAAAUCAAAUUGCUAAAGAAAAAAAUACAUAGAAAUGAUAUAUGUUGAUGUUUUCUGCCGAUGACUUUUCUUGGUUAUUGAAAAAAAUAACAAACUUAUC